AUGCCAUCUGACGUGCAGACGGUCCUCCUCCUCGUGUGGGGCUUCUACUGGCCGCACCAUCGGCAUUUUGUGGAGGAUAUGGAGCCGCUGCUGAGUACUGGCUGGCAUGGCUAUCAGCUUUACGAGCAGUGGGCUGACGUCAUUUACCGACUCGUGAUGCUGAACUUCUUGGAGGCCGAUGUCUUGAUGCGUGCCCGCAUCCAGCUGCAAAGGGCCGGGAGGUUGUACGCGAGCAGAUACGCGGUGCGGCUUCGCGAUCAAUGCAGGAUCGCCGCUCAAGUAUUGGACCGCGACCCGGACGACCGCCUCGAGGGGUUCCAAUGGUUGUGCGAAGGGAGCAACCCUCGCCUGAACGAGAGCUUCUUGCAUGCCAGUCGGGUUUCCGCAGCAGCCAGUUUUGUCAUCGAGCGCGGCGCUUCUGGGAGGCUGCAGGCUGGAGAGGAUGCUCUGUACGAUCGGGUCAUGCAGGAGACUGAGCGGCUCCGAACCGACGACGACAUGGACCCUUUUGAUGAUAUCAAUUUCCGCUUUUAA